AUUAGAAACAGAAUCGAUCAAAAGGAAGAGAGGGAAAAGAAACAGUAACCACCACCACCGCACUAGACUUUCUGUUUGAGACAGAGGAGAGGAGGGAAACCACUCGUCUCUCUCUCUCUCUCUCUCUCUCCGUUUCUUGAUGAAAUUUUCGAUUCUUGAUUCUAAUCGCUCCCGCUAGUCAGUUCAACCACCGAAGCAAAAGAAACUCAAGAAGAAGAAGAAUAUCUAAUUCAGGAGAGAAAGAGUUCUUAGAGAGAGAGAGAGAGAGAAUUACUUGUACACUCACAUGGAGAAGGAAACCCACCUGCUAGAGAUCAACCUGAUCUCCGCCCAAGGCCUCAAACCCCCGUCCGCCAACCUGCGCCGCCGUCUCCAGACCUACGCCAUCGCGUGGGUCGACCCGGCCUUCAAGCUCCGCACCCGCCCCGACCAGAUAGGCGGCGAGAACCCCACGUGGAACGAGAAGUUUUUCUUCCGCGUCACCCCCGACUUCCUCCGCGGCGAGACCUCCGCCGUCUCCGUCGAGAUCUACGCCGCCGGCUGCUUCAGCGACCCCCUCGUUGGCACCGUCCGCUUCCUCCUCAGCAGCUGCCUCUCCGGAGCCACCCCAUCGUUCACCGCCGUCCAGGUCCGGCGCCCCUCCGGCCGGUUCCACGGCGUCCUCAACAUCGCCACCGCCGUCGUGAACGGAUUGCACUUGGUAAAUAUCGCCGCCGGUUCGUCGCCAGCGAUCUGCUUGCGAGAUCUCAUGGAGAAGAGUCGCCGGCAAAGGAAGAAGGGGUCGGAGAAGAGCGAGAAGUCGUCCGGCGGUGAAUCUGACGGGGCUGAUUUGACGACGUCGUCGACGGCUGGUUCGUCGACGGUGUUGAAGGAGUGGAACUUUGGUGAGAGGGGAGAGAAGGUGGGGAAAGGAGGUGCGAUAUCGGACGGUCGAGGAUUGCUGUGCGGAUUGAUGAAGGUUCAUUUCAGACCGUACGAUCACAACUUGCGGUUUUUGGCGGCUUCGCACUUGGAGAACAAGGAGAACUGAGAAAUCGUUUGUUUGAUGAAGGGCGCUGAUUUCGUGGUUGACAGUGUAAUGGAUGGAACGGUCAAGAUCAUCCUGGUAAAUCGACUCGUGUUCGUUGGUUGAUAGUAAUUCUAGGAUAUCCCAAACCAAACAAAUGCAAGAGCACGCAAUGGGCGUUUGUGCAAAGUGUAUGUGGUUUUACUAUUUUUCUGUUUGCUAGUAGUAUGUGGGGUGGUGUUGUUUGACUGUGCAAUUCUGAGCUCCUUGAGGAAAUCUGAUCUGAAAGUAGUAGUACUUUAGUUACGUUUGUUUACCAGAGAAAUAAAUAUAGUACUGUAGUAGAAAAUUGAGAAUAGGAAUAGCGGUUAGCCAUUAACUUGUUCUUACUUUUGAUUCGAAAAUUUUGAAGGCCUUGUUUGUGGCUGGCUGGCUGGCUACAAUACAUUU